AUGCGAAUGCUUGGAGUGCGAAAAGCGGGAAACUACAUUUCCCAACAGGCGUUUCGAGCACGGAGAUCCCCAGUGUCCUUUGAGGAGGUAGCCGUGUCCUUCACGGAGGAGGAAUGGGCUCUGCUGGAUGGAAGACAAAGAAAAGUCUUCUGGGAAGUGACAGAGGAAAAUUAUGAGACCGUGGCCUCUCUAUGGGACUACAUUUCACAGAAGGACUUGCAAGCACCAGAGACUUCAGUCCUGUGCUUUCUAGGUGUUGAGGGGGUGUUUUUACCUCGAGAAGGAGAAGGAACUGUAUGGGAUAUGAAGUUCUACCGGGCGCCUCUUUUUUCUUGUUUCCCUCCACUGGAGGGAGAAUUUGGCUUGUGCACGUCUUCAGGAAAGAGAUCACCCAUGUCUUUUGACGAGGUAGCCAUUUCCUUCACGGCAGAGGAAUGGGCUCUUCUGGAUGCAGGCCAGAGAAAACUCUACUGGGAUGUUACGGAGGAAAAUUACGAGACUGUGGCCUCUCUGGGAAACUACAUUUCCCAACAGGCGUUUCGACCACGGAGAUCCCCAGUGUCCUUUGAGGAGGUAGCCGUGUCCUUCACGGAGGAGGAAUGGGCUCUGCUGGAUGGAAGACAAAGAAAAGUCUUCUGGGAAGUGACAGAGGAAAAUUAUGAGACCGUGGCCUCUCUAUGGGACUACAUUUCGCAGAAGGACUUGCGAGCACCAGAGAGUUCAGUCCUGUGCUUUCUAGGUGUUGAGGGGGUGUUUUUACCUCGAGAAGGAGAAGGAACUGUAUGGGAUAUGAAGUUCCACCGGGCGCCUCUUUUUUCUUGUUUCCCUCCACUGGAGGGAGAAUUUGGCUUGUGCACGUCUUCAGGAAAGAGAUCACCCAUGUCUUUUGACGAGGUAGCCAUUUCCUUCACGGCAGUGGAAUGGGCUCUUCUGGAUGCAGGCCAGAGAAAACUCUACUGGGACGUUACAGAGGAAAAUUACGAGACUGUGGCCUCUCUGGUGGGAGAAAUGAGGGGAAUGGUGAGGGAGAAGGACUCAGGAAGGAGGCUUGUGGAAAAAGAUUACAGUCUGCAGGCAGAAGUUGGACAACUCAGAAGGAAAAGCGAAACAAGAGAGAAAAAAAGGAAGGAAUUGGUUGCUUUUCAGGGCAGAGAUAAACCUGAGGUCUCAGCCCAAGAUGAACCAGGAAGGAGGAGGAGAAGGCCUAAUAGUGCCGUAAUUCUGGAAGGGUUCAGAAGCAGAUUUGGUGUUAAAGCAUAUGAGAAUGUUACAGAAUGCUGGAAAGGGUAUAAAUGCUUGGAAUGUGGGAGGAGUUUCCAGUGGAGAUCUGCAUUAACUCACCAUCAAAAGAUUCACACAGGGGAGAAGCCGUAUAAAUGCCUGGAGUGUGGAAAGUUCUUCUCUCAGAAUGGCAACCUAACUAGCCAUCAAAAGGUUCACACAGGGGAGAAGCCAUAUAAAUGUUUGGAGUGUGGAAAGUGCUUCUCUCGGAAUUGGAGCCUAACUGUGCACCAAAGGAAUCAUUCAGGGGAGAAGCCAUAUAAAUGCUUGGAGUGUGGAAAGUGCUUCUCUAUAAAUGGCAGCCUAAAUAAACAUCAAAAGAGUCACACAGGGGAGAAGCCAUAUAAAUGCUUAGAGUGUGGAAAAUGCUUUUAUCAGAAUGGACACCUAAAUGCACAUCGAAAGAUUCAUACAGGGGAAAAGCCAUAUAAAUGCUUGGAGUGUGGAAAAUGCUUUGUCCGUUAUGGUGACCUAACUAAACAUCAAAAGGUUCACACAGGGGAGAAGCCACAUAAAUGCUUUGAGUGCGGAAAGUGCUUCUCUUGCAAAGACAGCCUAAGGCAACAUCAAAAGAGACAUACGGGACAGAAGCCAUAUAAAUGCUUGGAGUGUGGAAAGUGUUUCUCUGCAAGUAACCACCUGAAUAGACAUCAAAAGGUUCAUACAGGAGAGAAGCCCUAUAAAUGCUUGGAGUGUGGAAAGUGCUUUUCUGGUAGAGAUACCCUAAGUGCACAUCAAAAGAUUCACAGAGGAGAGAAGCCAUUUAAAUGCAUGGAGUGUGGAAAGCGCUUCUCCCAAAGUGGAAACCUAAGUGCACAUCAAAAGAGGCAUACAGGAGAGAAGCCAUACAAAUGUUUGGAGUGUGGAAAGUGCUUUUCUCAGAAUGGUAGCCUAACUGAACAUCAAAAGAUCCACACAGGAGAGAAGCCAUAUAAAUGCUUGGAGUGUGAAAAGUGCUUUUUUCAGAAGCACCGCCUAACUGAACACCAACAGGUUCACACAGGGAAGAAGCCAUAUAAAUGCUUAGAGUGUGGAAAGUGCUUCUAUCGCAACAGCAGCCUAACUGCACAUCGGAAGAUUCACACAAGGGAUAAGCUGUAUAAAUGCUUGGAGUGUGGCAAGUGCUUCUCUCUAAAGUGCAGUCUAAAGUCACAUCAAAAGAUUCACACAGGGGAGAAGCCAUACAAAUGCUUGGUGUGUGGAAAGUGCUUCUCUUGGAGUAAUGUUCUAACUAGACAUCAAAAAGUUCACACAAGUUUGAUUGCUGCGCAAUGCGCUGAGCCUGCUUCGAGAUCCCCUGUGUCCUUUGAGGAGGUAGCCGUGUCCUUCACGGAGGAGGAAUGGACUCUGCUGGAUGGACGCCAAAGAAAAGUCUUCUGGGAAGUGAUGGAGGAAAAUUAUGAAACCGUGGCCUCUCUGUUCGGAGCUGUGAGGGAAAUGGUGUGUGAGAAGGACUUAGCAAGGAGCCUUGUGGAAAAAGAAAACAACCUGCAAGUGGAAGCAAAGUUUGGGGAUCGAGUGGUAUCAGCCGGGCAGUUCAGAAGGAAAAGGGAAGCAAAAGAGAAGCAAAGGAAGAAAUUGGUUGCUUGUCAGGGCAGAGAUAAACCUGAGGUCUCAGCCCAAGAUGAACCAGGGAGGAGAAGGAGAAGGCCUAAUGGUGCCCUAAAUCCGGAAGGAUUCAGAAGCAGAUUUGGUGUUAAAGGAAAUAAGAAUGUUACAGAAUGCUGGAAAGGGUAUAAAUGCUUGGAAUGUGGGAGGAGUUUCCAGUGGAGAUCUGCAUUAACUCACCAUCAAAAGAUUCACACAAGGGAGAAGCCGUAUAAAUGCCUAGAGUGUGGAAAGUGCUUCUCUCAGAAUGCCCACCUAACUAGACAUCAAAAGGUUCACACAGGGGAGAAACCAUAUAAAUGCAUGGAGUGUGGAAUGUGCUUCUCUCGAAAUUGGAGCCUAACUGUGCACCAAAGGAAUCAUUCAGGGGAGAAGCCAGAUAAAUGUUUGGUGUGUGGAAAGUGCUUCCCUACAAAUAGCAGCCUAAAUCGGCAUCAAAACAUUCACACAGGAGAGAAGCCAUAUAAAUGCUUAGAGUGUGAAAAAUGCUUUUCUCAGAAUGGAUACUUAACUGCACAUCAAAAGAUUCAUACAGGGGAAAAUCCAUAUAAAUGCUUGGAGUGUGGAAAAUGUUUUGUCCGGUACGAUAAACUAACUGUACAUCAAAUGGUUCACACAGGGGAGAAGCCACAUAAAUGCUUGGAGUGUGGAAAGUGCUUCUCUUGCAAAAGCAGCCUAAACAGACAUCAAAAAGUUCAUACAGGAGAGAAGCCAUACAAAUGCUUGGAGUGUGGAAAGUGUUUCUUUACAAGCAACCGCCUAAAUAAACAUCAAAAAGUUCAUACAGGAGAGAAGCCAUACAAAUGCUUGGAGUGUGGAAAGUGCUUUUCUAGUAAAGAUACCCUAACGGUACAUCAAAAGAUUCACAGAGGAGAGAAGCCAUUUAAAUGCAUGGAGUGUGGAAAGUGCUUCUCUUGGAGUGGCCACCUAAGUGCACAUCGAAAGAGGCAUACAGGAGAGAAGCCAUACAAAUGUUUGGAGUGUGGAAAGUGCUUCUUUGAAAGUGGAAAGCUAAAUGCACAUCACAAGAUUCACACAGGGGAGAAGCCAUAUAAAUGCUUGGAGUGUGGAAAGUGCUUUUUUCAGAAUCGCCGCCUAACUGAACAUCAAAAGGUUCACACAGGGAAGAAGCCAUAUAAAUGCUUGGAGUGUGGAAAGUGCUUCUACUGCAACAGCAGCCUAACUGCACAUCGGAAGAUUCAUACAAGAGAUAAGCUGUAUAAAUGCUUGGAGUGUGGCAAGUGCUUCUCCCUGAAGUGCAGACUAAAGUCACAUCAAAAGAUUCACACAGAGGAGAAGCCAUACAAGUGCUUGGUGUGUGGAAAGUGUUUCUCUUGGAGUAGUGUUCUAACUAGACAUCAAAAAGUUCACACAGGGUAG